UCGCAUUACACCGGGUCUUAACUCUCCGCGCGAUCGCGACCGAAUCGCGCAUGGAUUAAAAGAAUCAUCGAUAUAAUAAUCAUAUAUCGGAUUUUUAAAUGUUUUCUGAGAAGAAAUUUAUCAAUUUGCUUUUAAUCAUUUCUAUAAAUUAAUUUUUGAACAAUGUAUUCAAAACAAUCGAUUGUCGAGCGUAAAUGCGAAAGAUCGAUUGAUUAUGUUUGGAACAUUUUCUCGGCUUGGUAAAAGCGGCGAAAAAAAAAAAAACAAAACGAUCAGCGGUGAACGCUAAAUGCUUCCCUUUCAUAUACGUGAAGAGUAAAAAAGCUAAGAUCGCAGUGAGGGUAACGGCAUUAUGCCAACGAUCGACGUGACCCCGCGGGUACUUUUUGAAGGACCGCGAGUGGAGUGUGAUCGUUUGUAUCGUCGGACGGUGGUGGGUAGGUCGCUGUCAGACGCAGAGCGGCGUGUUGAAUUAGAUUAAGAAAUGAGUGUGAAGUGAAAAAUGGCCCCGUUCCACGGCAUGGCACUCCUGCUCCUGGGAAUCGGAUACCUGUUACACGCGGAACCACUUUACGGCGAACACGGCAUCGCGUUUCUACAUUUCAACGACACAUUCGAGAAGGGGGAAAAAUCACAACGCAGCACAAAGAAGACACAUUUUUUCACAGAUACACCGCAAAAACUAACGGUAGCGAUAGGACAAGCUGCUGUAUUGUUAUGUCGCGUUAAGAACUUGGGGAACAGAACCGUGUCUUGGAUCCGAAAAAGGGACCUACACAUCUUGACGUCUAUGUCUGUGACUUACACGAGCGACGCGAGAUUUACGAUAGUCGGCAAUCCGGCGACCGACGACUGGAAUCUGCGAAUAGAUUACGUGCAACCGCGGGACGCCGGCAUUUACGAGUGUCAGGUUAAUACAGAACCGAAGAUAUAUAGAGCCGUGGCGCUGAAGGUUUUGGAUAUACAGGCAAGGAUCACGGGUCCCCAGGAGCUAUACAUCAAGAAAGGCAGCACAAUCAGCCUGACUUGCAUCAUAGAACUGCAGGAUCUGCCCCCGAGCAACGUGACCUGGUACCAUGCCGGGGCAGUGAUCGAUUUCGACGGUCCAAGAGGCGGCGUAUCUCUGGAGACGGAGAAGGGAAAGCGGGGUACUACCAGCAAGCUCCUAAUAACGCGUGCUCAACUUAACGAUAGCGGUAAUUAUACAUGCGCCUCGAGCAAAGUCACCCCGGCGAGCGUCAUGGUGCACGUACUAAACGGCGAACAUCCCGCUGCGAUGCAGCACGGUGGUACCGGCGAUGUAAAUAGAAGAUUGGUACUGCUCGUCCUGAUUUUCCUCGUCGAUACGAUGUUUCGAUGAACGAUGCGCCACCGCCGUGUAAAGACGACGACGAUCGUCUGUGUGAAUAGGCUACUUCCAAACUCGUUCCCGAAGAUUCGCAUGGAGAUGUUCGAUGAGAUGACGUGAGGGAAUUGAAGCGAGAGAAUAAUCGAUUGAAAUAUAUUGACUGUACACUUACAGAGAGAGAAAGAGAGAGAGAGAGAGAGAGAGAACGGUUCCGUGUAUAUGAUAUUUGCCGUGGAAAAUUUUUUUUUCAUCGACGUUCUCUACACGGUUGAAGUAUAUGUAUGUGUUAACGCUAAGCUAGAAAUCACGCUACGUAUUUGUUUCACUCUGAGAGAUUUUAAUCCGGAUUUCUUCCUUUCGCAUCCGCGUUAAUGGAGAAAUUCACAACCGAUUUAAAAACGAACAAAUACUUAAAUCUGUGGACUCGAAUGUGUUAACACAGAGAUAUAAUAUGUACGUAAUAAACUU